AUGAAAUUGCUCGACCCACUUUAAGGCUAUAAGAUUGCCUCAUCUGUUAUCUUCCUUUAAUUGGCAUUUACACUCGCUAUGGUUGUCCUGAUUGAUAAAGGAGAGAUAGAGCUUGUAAACAGAGAUUAUUCACUUGCUUUAAUGUUUCUUGUACAUGUCUGGUGCUAUUUCUUUGAAUAUUUAGCCGUACUUAUUGACCUAUGCAAAGUGGAUUUGGGUAUUGUAAAAUCGACAUUAACUUUUGUAAAUGCAGCUGCAUACUAAGGAGCUGUAUUCUACGCCCAGGUUAAAUAUGUUAAUGCAAGUUAUGACUCAGUAAAGGAACACACCCAAGAAGAAGAACUAAUGAAUAUUAGAUGCAAGCAAUGGCUAAUGCUAGAAAUCUCAUUCUACUAUACAUCAAUCGGGUUAACUGUCCUAUUUUUAGCCUUACAUUCUUUGUUUGGCCUUGAAAUUUCUACGCCUAUCUCUUAAAUUGAAAAAUAUGAAAAGCAAUCUAAUUUAGAGAAUCAGACAGCAAUCAAUGAUGAGACAAAAGAAGGGCAAAACUUACUAAAAGAUACAGAAAAUGAUGAGGUAAAGAAUGAAGGGUAAGAAGCUAAUUUCUAGAACAAAAUCGAGGAGGAUUAUGAUUCUAAUGACUUUUGGCAUCCAGAGCAGUAGAGCAAGGACUUUCUUGAGCUGACUACAGAUAAUCUAAAGUAUUUUCUUAACCAUGGUAUUAUUUGUGUCUUCUCUCUUCUUGUUUUGGUAAAAGGAUAUUCUCCUAAAGAGGACAAAAAUUACUCUUAUUCCGUGAUUAUACUUGCUGUACUUUCAGGCAUAUUAUUCUUCCAUGUGAUACUUGAUCUUUUCACUAAGAUUAAUAAACCUAAAUGGUUCAACGUUACAGGUUAUAUAAUAGUUGGAGGAAUUUUGAUUGACGUCGUCUACAUGAUUGUGCAAAUUAGCAUGUUUGAACAAUCAGAAAAUUUGGUAAGAUACUGGAUUCUAAUCUUCAUUUUCAUAAUACUCGCUUACUUAAUCUCUUUUGGGUUUACACUAAUUGCCAAGAAAAUGUAAAGAUUCAGCUACAUGUUUUCUGGUGACAGUAAUGAAUAAACAUAGAAAAAGACAUUGAGCCAACCAUUUAUGACUCACAUUACUUUUAGCGUUGAUAUUUACUCAAUUGCAUUUGUAAGUUUUUACAAACUGGAUGAAAAAAUUCCAAGAGUAGAUGUUAAUAAUGAUGAGUCUUUUCUUAAAUAAAGUCGUCAAAAAUUAUUAACAAGCUGGGUAAACAGAGGCUAAUCAUAAUCUCAAAAUGAGGAGAUGAUAGUAUCUAAUAGCGAAGCUAAUGCUAAUAAGUACUUCAGUACUUGUGCUUUCAUUUUCAUUGUUUAGCUUUUGCUCAUCUUACUUGUAGUUUACGAUAUAGCUGUUUUUGAUCUGCCAAGUGUAACUGUUCCAGUAUUCUUGACAAGAAUAACAUGUGCUGCUUUAUUGCAUAUGCAACUUGAAGGUGAGAUAAGGCAAGCUAUUCAGAUGUUUAACUAUGCCAGAGUUAUGGUUUAUCAGAGAAAGUACAGAAUAGCUAUGCUUUUAAUUAGCUUGAUGCAAGUAGUCUCAGCCUUCGCCACCGAGCUUUUGAGCAUACUUCUUAUUUGUAAUCAAGACUCAGUCUCAAAUGUGCUUAUGAAUUUCAUAGCUCUUGGAGUUAUAGCUGAGAUUGAUGAUAUUUAUGCUAGAUCUCUCUAUCAAAACAAUAUCAAAGAGGAAAUUGAAAGUGGAUUCACUUUGACUAUUAGAGAGGACUAGCCAGUAAGAUAAUAAUACAAAAGGAGAUGCAGAAUUGAGUUUAUACUUUACAAGAUUUGGAGAUUCCUAUUUGAAAUAUAUUAUUAUUACUUUAUGCCAUUCACUGUAAUUGCAAUUACUUACUUCAAGGAAAUUAUGGAUACAAAUGCUAUUGAAGAGUAGAUUAAUCAGGUACUUUAAAAUAUUUAGUCAUAAUGA